GUAGCUAAGGCAAGGUCGAACUCUACGGUGAACGGCCCCGGUGACAAAAGCGACUCGUUGGCGCGCCGCGAUCCCACGUCGUGAGCAUCCCGCCCUCGGGAGUGUUUAAUCACCGAUAGACGCGCACUUAUGCCGUCGGUGAAGAAGCGGUCUGAUGGUAAACGGCCGCCCACCCCUCCCGUGCGUGUGCCGCUCGCUCGCGCUACACGCGCUACCCGGUUCUCCUCGUCUCGUAGCCCGGAUCGUGCCAAGGCAAAGGCAACGACCAGUUCGGAUGUCGUUCAUCUCUCCCUCUCUCUCUCUCCCUCUCUCCCCCUCUGCCCGCCACCUUCCGGAGAAGCACCCCGCGCGAUCGAGACCGGUAAAGUUCGUUUCCGGGCCUAGAGGUGAGGCCAAGGUGAGUCUAGGUGCAGAAGAGCGCGAGAUUUUGCUGACGUUGCAACCGCUCAUUGGGCAACCCGCGCGCUCUAGCGCUUUGAGAAGGGGACCGCCCUCGAUCCCGCUUGAAAUAUACGACGUAAACCAAGCUCUACACGAAAUAAUAAUAAAAAAAAGUUGCGUCGGGACGAUUGCAGCCCUCCCCCCCGCGAUCUGGCUCUUUUCCCCCCUUCGCCCCAUUCUUGAGAACUAAAGCACCUGCUACUGCAUCUCUCGGAGAGAAAACCCGUAGCAGGCAACUACUCCCUCCCGACACAUUAGCUGCAUUACGUAUAUCUGCCAUCAUGACAACUUGGACUGUUUUUCGCAUCCUUGGCAUCCGGGGCGUCGGCUGGGUUCGGACGCACACCGUUUCGGCAGGGGGGGGCAUGCGACGGAGGAGG